AUAUUGCUAGGUGGUAGGCCGCUCACAUUAUGCUGUGCCUCAGUUUAUGUGAAACUUAUCUAAUCCGGGCACUUCCUCUUAGGGAUAAACCGUCAGCAGUUGGGAUUCUGGUGCAACAUGGGGGUGUUUAUGGGUACCUGGGUAACUUUAGACUCAAGCCGACGAUCGUAUUGAUGCUUGUCGGCGUCUUGAUCCUCGGCAUCGGCUAUGUUGGCCUUAGCCUCCUCGACAGUAUGAGAUAGAUGAGACAUGCGUGGAGUCUUGCCGUCUAGAUAGGUAUGUAUGCAUACAUACCCGGAAUUCGCAACCAAAGCUCUCCGCGCAGCAACAGCGCCGUUCUUCUCACUCGGUUGAUCCCGUGCCACUGCCUUUAUAUUAACCGAGGUUCCAUCCCCGAAACUCGAAGAUAUCGAGGUAUCAGUAAUUAUUUGCCAAGUCCUACAAGUCCUGGAUAAGUUAAGCAUCAUGGCGCCCAUGAUCGAAGAAUAUGUCCCCGAGUCUAUGGUCCCUCUCGCUCGGGAGCAAGCCAAGCCCGUGGCUACGCCGGCCCAAAGGGAAAUUAGCAUCCCUUCGUCGGACUGGACGGCGCAGAUUCAUCCGCUUCACGAGAGUGUUAUCGCCGAGGUGGACGGCUAUUUCCUCCAGCACUGGCCUUUUCCCGACGAAAAAGCACGCAAGAAGUUCGUGGCCGCGGGUUUCUCACGAGUUACGUGCUUCUACUUUCCUAAGGCGCUAGACGACCGGAUCCAUUACGCGUGUCGGCUGCUAACGCUGCUCUUCCUGAUAGAUGACAUCCUCGAAUACAUGUCCCUCGAGGAUGGGCGCGCCUAUAACGAGAAGCUCAUGCCACUCUUUCGGGGCUCCGUUCUACCGGACCGCAGCGUGCCGGUUGAAUGGAUCGGCUACGAUCUGUGGGAGUCCAUGCGCGCGCAGGAUAAGGACAUGGCCGACGAGAUCAUGGAGCCCGUUUUUACCUUCAUGCGCGCGCAGACGGAUCCCGCGCGCCUAACCGAGAUGGGGCUGGGCCGAUAUCUAGAGUACCGCGAGGCUGACGUUGGCAAGGCACUCCUUGCCGCACUGAUGCGGUUCUCUAUGGCGCUCGAGGUGCCGGCUUCGGACCUCGAGAUGGUUCGUCCUGUGGACCGGAAUUGCUCCAAGCAUCUCUCGAUCGUCAAUGAUAUCUGGUCGUACGAGAAAGAAGUCUUAGCUGCUAAAACUCUCCAUGAGGAGGGCGGAAUUCUGUGCACGGCUGUGGCCGUGCUAAGCAAGGAGGCCGAGAUCAGCACCGACGCCGCGAAACGCGUGCUCUACCAUCUAUGCCGAGAGUGGGAACUCGAGCACCGGAUGUUGGUCGCCGGUAUCUUGGCACGGAAGGACACGCCGGUGUUAAGGGCGUACUUGGAAGGUCUCGAGCUGCAGAUGAGCGGAAACGAGCUUUGGAGUAGGACAACCCUGAGAUAUGUGCAGCCGAAGGCUUGA